AUGGGAAUUGCUUACCCUGAGGAAGUCCCCAGGCUUUCAGAAGACAUCAUUGAAUUAAUUGAGAAAUACAAUGUUUCAGCAGCCUGCUUUUUGCCUCCUCCGAGAUCCAUUGACCUUAUAUUACAACUGAGCUGGCUGGAUAUUGGUGUCUUUGCUGCACUAACUGCCCUGACUGCACUCUCUCUCGUCAUCUACUUGGAGAACACAUACUAUUUACUGAAGAAAGUGUCAUGUCUCAUCAAGGUGAAGACUUUAGUGUGGAUCAGUGCAGCACCGAUCGUGAUCGGGAUCGUGUCCUGCAUUGGCCUCUGGGUUCCUCGAGCAAUCAUGUUCAUCAAUAUGAUGGCAGCCACGUAUUUUGGUGUUUGCUUUUACCUGCUGCUGUUGGUCAUUGUGGAAGCCUAUGGGGGCCAGGAAGCCAUGUUGGAGCGGUUAGACAGUGUCACCAUAGCGAUCAGUACAGGACCUUGUUGUUGCUGCUGUCCGUGUCUACCUCGCAUGAAGAUGACCAGGAAGAAAUUCAAGAUUUUUGUGAUGGGAUCGUUCCAAGUAGCUUUUCUUCGACCUGUCAUUUAUUUUCUGGGAAUUGUUUUAUGGACGAAUGGCUUGUAUGAUCCGGAUGAUUUAUCUUCAACCAGCAUCUUUCUCUGGCUCAAUCUGUUUCUGGGAGUGUCCACAAUCCUCGGGCUUUGGCCUACAAGUAUCCUCUUCCGAGAGGCGAAACAGUACAUCACAGAUGUGAAUCUGAAGGCCAAGUUUGCACUCUUUCAGGCGAUUUUGAUCCUGUCCUCGCUGCAGAAUUCUAUCCUCGACAUAUUGGCAGGAGCUGGACACGUCAGCUGUUCACCCCCCUACUCCUCAAAGACCAGAGCACAACUCAUGAAUAACCAGCUCCUAAUCAUAGAGAUGUUCUUGGUAGGAAUGCUCACACGAGUAUCAUACAGGAAGCAGGAUGAUCAGCCGGGAUACAGAGCACUGGACACGGUUGAAUCUCAAGGCAAAGAGGAAAGGAAAUGCCAACAGAACAUUCUGACAAAUUAGGUCACCACUGAAGGAUAGACAAUGUCUUCUGCAAAACAGCAACCUAACCAGGAGGCAUCGAUAAUACUGAACUGAACAAACCAAACAGUUUAAAAAGUAUAAUUUUACACUGAGCUGCCUUUUACGUUUUACCCCCUUCCCCCCUCCUCCAACACACAGAGGUUUGAGUCAGAACUUUGUACGGGCUCAAACCCCACUCUCGAUAUUUGGGCACAUUGUCUGUGCUGAUACUGCCCACUGAGAGAGUGCUGAUCUGUCGGAGGUGCCAUCCUAGAAAUGAUUCUCUUCUCUUUUUGCUCCUCAGCCUGUGGGUCAGCAUAACCUCUGAACCAUCCUUACAAUACAGCAGGGUGACCAUUAGGCCCAUUGUACCAGUAACAGCUCUGUGCAAGAGGAAUUCAAUUCAAGUCAAUUCAUUGGAGCUCACAAUGAUCUCCCUCUUGCUCUUACCUCAGUUCCAGCAUUUUCUUUCCACUCCAACCUUUUAAGUAUUUGUCUAAUUCCCUAUUUAAAGUGACCACUGAAUAUGCCACUUUCAGGCAGUGCAUUCCAUGAACCUGGUUGGCUUGAACCUUUGAAACCCCAGUUCAACCCUCAUGAUUCUCCUGGGGCAGAAUGGUUGGCCAACAUAAAAGCAAUUUCCUGUUAGAAUUAUUUCAGUAGAAGGAUAAAGAUGUGACCAAUGCAGUAUAAAUGCAUUACCAGUUGGUGCAAUUUUAAUUGUAAGGAAAUCAAGAAUUAUGGGGAAAAGGACAGGAACGUGGAGUUGAGGAAUAUCAGAUCAGCCUCAAUAGGCCAAAUAGCCCACUCUCAUCCUAAACCUUAUGAUCUUUAGGUGAAAGAUGCAAAUUUUUACACAUUCCCAUAUCCUGUGAUUUUGAAAUCAAAGGUCAGGUGAUUGGUUAUCAAGAUAAACAUACACUAUUCCAUGCUGUAGACGUGACAGUUCUUCCUUGUCCCCCUUAUCCUAUUUUUUGGCUCAAGUACCAACAUUUGAUGCCAACAUCACCACAAUCUUUCUGGACCUUUUGACUAUGGUUGUUGAGCCCAAGCUAGCAAUUAGAGGAACAGGGAGGUGCUCGAUAUGAUAAGAAAAUGGAGGAGGCAGCCUUACAGUCCUUCGAGUCAACAUUAGGGCUCCUGACUGACCUCUGGGACAGACAAUUCCCAACACACAGAGUGGAGACACUUCUCAUCUCAGUCCUAAGUGGCUGAACCCUUAUCCUGAGAUGACACUCGCUCGAUUUGAGACUUUCUAAACAGGAUGGAAACAGCAGACAUCCUUUUGCUACUGUUCCACAUCCUGAGUUUCACGAAACCACGUUUCAUUCAUCUACACUUCAAAGCUGGAGUGAGAAUCGAGAUCUAGGAGUCACUGCUGAUAAAUAAAGGAUAGAAGAGUGUGGCACUGGAAAAGCACAUCAGGUCAGGCAGCAUCUGAGGAGAACAGAUGCUUUGGAGGUAAGCCCCUUCAUCAGGAAUGGGAUGAGAAUAGACAGAGAUAGAAUGCGAUAGACAGAGAUGAGAAUUGCUCAACUCCCACCCCGCCCUGCCCCAGUGCUUUUCCAGUGCCACACUUUGACUCUGUCUUAAAUGGGUAACCCUUUAUUUGUAAACAGUGACUCCUAGAUCUAGGUUCUCACUCAAGCUUUAAAGAUGCUUUGGAAGCCUCUUGCAGAAAAGGUAGCAGAUGCUGAGUCUUUGAGAAUGUUCAAGACAGUGGUGGAUCAAGUUUCAGUUCCUGGGGAUUUCAGGGGGAGUGGAUGUAGUGAAAAUCUAGCCCAGGUUCCCGUUCCAGAUUGGCCGCAUCAUCAUUAACUGCUGCUGUCACUGUUUCUUCGGUAGAGGAGGAGAACAGGACUGGAAUCCUUCCAUCAUUCCCAUGGUGAUCAAACAGU